UGACAGUGCUGCAUAGUUGUGCCACCCUAUCCAUUAAGAAGGCCGUGACAAAACAACUAAGUAACCGGCAUAUGAAGCUUAGACCAUCUCUGACUUAGAUGUUUAUGAAUUUACCAGCUACAUUUGUGAAUGUUCAACUAGUAACUGUGCUCCCCAAUCAUGUUCUUUCCAUAUGUUAAGAAAUGUUCAUAUCAUGUUCGAUUGACCUCGUAUGUGAAAGCAAUAGAAAACGAUUUGUACUUUACUCAACGACUGUUUAAAACUACCCCAGGCUUAAGAUCUCUUUCCUCAGUAUCUUCCCAAGGAUUACCAAAGAAGAAAGAAGAGUAUGGUAGAAAAGGGCCCAUAUCAUAUAAAACCUUGUUAAUUACUGCUGGAUUAAGUGGUGCUCUGCUGGCUUUUAUGCUCUAUGUCCGCAGAGAAAAGGAGACUGCUAUCCAACGAGAAAGGAAUAGAGCCUUAGGAAAAGCUGCAAUUAGUGGAAAGUUUAGUCUGGUGGACCACAAUGGAGCUGCUGCAUGUAGCGAUGAUUUCUUAGGGAAGUGGCUUCUUGUGUAUUUUGGUUUUACCCAUUGCCCUGACAUCUGUCCAGAUGAAAUUGAAAAGUUGGUGAAAGUGGUUGACAAUUUAGAUAAAAUGCAAGGAGUUCAUAAAGUACAGCCAUUAUUCAUUACUGUUGAUCCUGACCGAGAUUCAGUUGAGGCUGUUGCAAAAUAUGUCAAAGAAUUCAGUCCCAAGCUCAUUGGAUUAACUGGGAAAAAGGAACAAAUAGCUGAAGCAUGUCGGAAUUUCAGGGUGUAUUUUAGUGCUGGGCCACGGGAUCAGGAUAAUGACUAUAUUGUUGAUCAUACCAUAAUUGUCUACCUAAUUAAUCCUGAUGGUGAAUUUGUGGAUUAUUAUGGUCAAAAUAAGACUGCUGAAAACAUAUCAGCUGGAAUAUUGGUCAACAUGUCUAAAUUUGAACAAUUGAAAAAAGCAUUUUGGAGAUGAGUUAUUUCAAUGCAAAAUAGAAAUGGAUAUUUAUUCAUUAUUCGUCAUGGGUGUUUUCUAAGUGGUUAACUUAGAGUAGCUUGAAACCCACGAUAUUUGCCCGCAACGCAGACGUACACCGGCAGCAAUAUUGCAUGAAAAUUUUGCAAAUACAAAACUUAAUAUCGAAAAAAAAAGGCUACACUUUUUCAGAUCUGACUUGAAAGAACAUGGAUCUACCAUUAAGUAUUCUUGCUUAUACCAUAAAUGCUUCUAGUGCUAUGUUGAAAAUAAUCUAUAAAAAUAAAAACACCACCUUACCUAAGAUAAAUACUACAAUAGUUAAAUUAGGCAGUGAUGCUCAUAAGCACUAAAUAAAUGAAAAAUAUGAAACUGCAAUCCAUUGUGUAAUGAAGUUGAUAGUUAACAACUAGACAUGUUUACACAACUUUUUGGGCCAACUCUUUAGCCUUGGCUUUCUCGAUUUUAGCAAUACGAGCAGAAGAUUUGGGGCCCAAAAGACCUCCGCCCCAGUGACGACGGAUUUCGUCAAAUCGAUCGUUGUAGUUAUUCUUUACCGCCUCGACGAGUUUUGAUAGAUUCAGCUUAUCAUUUGAUUCAACCUUAACAAAGAGCAAUAUUAGAUAUACUCAGAGUUGUUGAAUAGCAAACCAUUACCUGGGUCAAAGCUACACAGGUACAUGUCUUCCUGCGAACCAAUCGUCCAAUGCGAGCCUUGUUCUUCACGAUGCAGUAAGGAACUCCCAUUUUACGACAGAGUGACGGAAGAAAUAUCACCAACUACAUAAUUGUACAAUAUUUAGAGAAAGUGCCCACAGUAAAAAUAGGUGUGAACAUACCUCAAUAGGAUCAACAUCAUGGGCAAUCACGACAAGCUGAGCUUUCUUCUGCUCAAUAAGUGACGUGACAGUGUUAACACCCUGACGAACUACGAAAGGCCGCUUAGCAGGGGUAUCAGUCUUACCUGAUGCACGAGCUUGAGCACGAGCACGCAGCCUUUGCUUUUUCGCUUGCUUACUUUCCGGGCGGUACUUGUCUAAAAGCUUGAACAGCUGGGUAGCUGGAAACCAAAAAGGAAUUCAGCACAAGCAAUCCAUAAUAAAGUAAGCAACAUAUGGAAAAUAUAAAUACCACAUAUCAACUACUUAGUGAUAGAAGUUUUCACAAUCUAUCAAAAGUAGGAGACAUAACACAUCAUAGCAACAAAGCCAGUUACCAUCUGUAGGUACUGCCCAGUGCAUAGUGUCAACUAGUACAUCAGCCUUCUGGGCAUAGCACUGUUACGCACAUCAUGGCAACCCUCAUUAGAGGAGCUUAGUGCAAAAACAAGUCACCUGUCUGACGAUCCAAUGUUUGACGGAAUUGAUUGAUUGGUGGAGGCACCUUCAACCUCUGAACAAGGACAGCUCGCUGACGUUGUAGACGAACAUAUUUGGGCCAUCUGACGAAGCGGCUCAAAUCUCUCUUUGGCUGAAUAUCUUGGCCUAUGAAAACCAAAUAGUAAUAAAUUGAAAUCAUUAACUCGUGAGACGUUUGACUUACCGAUUCCAAAGUUACGCGCCUUCUUCUCAAACAGAGGAUUCACGACUUUCUUUGGAACUUCCUUUUUCACAGCCAAGGGAGCUGGUGCUACCUUUUUGCCAACGCCUUUCUUUCCCUAUUGAAAGAAUUGAAAUCAAGAUUUCAUUGAAAUGUAACACAAUACGAAGUUUCAAUAAAAAGCACAUGAAACAUAAAUGGAAUACCCAAACACGAAACGAACAUAAAGAUCAUCAAACACUCACCUUAACUUUCUUGAGGACCAUUGUCGAAAACGCAAGAUGGCUGAGAUAAUUCGAAAUACAAAAACUACCUCUCCAACGAGAAGCUGCUUGUCACCAGGCCGUGGUCGAUGGAAA